AUGUUGCCAGAGCCACAUCUCAAUGAGGCUACGAAUGUGGUUAUUGAGGAGGCUGUACCUCUCGCGGAGGACUCUAAGGAUAUGAUAGAUCCAGGAAUGGCUUCUGAUGAGGACGUGCCGGUCUUCAAUCGUCACAUAUCGGCCCUUUGGGAAAGACUACGUGCACGCUUCAGGAGCGCCACCCGCAAGACGAUGGUUGAAGUUGAAUAUGAUAAAAUGCUCGGCGUUAAGUGUUACGA